GAAAGAAAGAUGAGGUAGAAGACCCAGCAACUGAACUAACUGUCAGCAGCACGUUUGCUCUCUUCCUCUCGACAAACAAACAACAUUCCUUCCAUUGAACUCCAAUUCAUCACUUACCUUCUGUAAUAGCUAUAUAUCAACUACCCUUCUCCUCAGAUUCCAUUUCUCAAAUGAGAGUGAGAGGGAGAGGGCAACAACUUCACAUCACCUCACCGAUUCUUCAAAACUUGGGUUUCUGAAAUCAGGGAUAUUUUCAUUUCUUGAAAGCCUUCUGAAAUUGUCCCGAGAAGCAAGAAUCCUCAAAGGGGUUCUAUUUUGUUGUGUUUCUUGACGAACCCAGAUCGUUAAAUCUUGAAUCCUGGAAUGGUGUCUGAUUCCGUAUCCAUUUUGAGUCCAAACGACGAUAACAAGCCGAUGCCGAUCUCAACAAAGGAAGACGAUGAUCAUCCCGAUGCUGCUCUUCUGCCCUUAAGCACAGAUUCUUCUUCCUUGGACUCCCAUCCAAAACCAGCUACGACCACGGUUAUAUUCCUUUCUCUCGUUAUCUCCACUUGCGUUGCUCUCUCUGCAGCCAUUGCUUUCGGCUUUCUGUUCUUCAAAGCUUCAAGUUCGGCAAGUGAGGUGUCUAGGCCGCUCAAGAAGCUCAAAAGUCCUGUCGUCUUGUUGAUUUCGUUGGAUGGAUUCAGGUUUGGGUAUCAAUUCAAGACGGAUACCCCGAAUAUCAAUAGACUGAUCAAGAAUGGGACUGAAGCUGAAUUGGGCUUGAUUCCAGUGUUUCCAACGCUGACUUUUCCGAAUCAUUAUUCCAUUGUCACUGGUUUGUACCCUGCUUAUCAUGGAAUAGUAAAUAAUUAUUUCAUCGAUCCUGAAACUGGUGAUUUGUUCACUAUGGCUAGUCAUCAGCCCAAGUGGUGGCUCGGUGAGCCGCUGUGGGAGACUGUGGUGAACAAUGGCUUAAAUGCUUCGACGUACUUUUGGCCUGGUUCGGAGGUGAAAAAGGGUUCUUGGAAUUGUCCUAAGGGAUAUUGUAUGUUAUAUAAUAGUUCGGUUCCUUUCGAAGACAGAGUUGAUGCCAUUUUGAAGUACUUUGAUUUGCCUAGUAGUGAGAUUCCUGCCUUUAUGACAUUGUAUUUUGAGGACCCUGAUCAUCAGGGUCACAAGGUUGGGCCUGAUGAUCCUCAGAUCACCGAAGCUGUUGCUGGAGUGGAUAAGAUGCUCGGGAGGUUGAUUAGUGGUUUGGAAGAAAGAGGGAUUUUUGAGGAUGUGAAUAUCAUUUUGGUGGGUGAUCAUGGGAUGGUCAGUACGUGUGACCGAAAGUUGAUAUUCUUAGAUGACUUAGCAGACUGGAUUCAGAUACCAAAGGAAUGGGUUUACUCCUACAGCCCAUUGCUUGCAAUUCGUCCACCACCUGGUUAUUCAGCAGAAAAAGUUGUGGCUAAGAUGAAUUUGGGGCUAAAGUCGGGGAAUGUGGUUAAUGGUGAGUAUUUGAGUGUUUAUCUCAAGGAGGAGCUCCUUAGCAGACUGCAUUAUUCUGCUAGUGAUCGAAUUCCACCUAUUAUAGGAUUGGUCGACGAAGGAUUUAAAGUGGAGCAGACUAGAUCGAAAAGGCAAGAAUGUGGAGGAGCGCACGGAUACGACAAUGCAUUUUUCUCAAUGAGGACCAUUUUUGUUGCUCAUGGACCUCGAUUUGCUAGGGGCCGGAAAAUCCCAUCAUUUGAGAAUGUUCAGAUAUAUAACUUGGUGACAACCAUCUUGAACAUUCAUGGAGCUCCAAAUAAUGGGACGGAUUCAUUUCCAGAGAGUAUUCUUUUGCCCGAACAUUGAAACUCAUUUUCUUUUAAAUGAAGUGGUAUUUCAGAUUCCGAACUGAACCAGGCGUUGACUGAUGGUAUUGUGCAAAGAUGAAUUUCCUUGAUGCCUGAUAGGUUCGGAUAGGUAGGAUGGGGUUUUGCAGAGAGGUAAAUGCAACUAAUAAUAUGACUUGACACAGUUAACAAGUUAAGCUUAUGAAACCAGAUGGAUAUUGUUAUCACUAGUUUGCCGUCUGUCAAAUGUUGUCUGUUCUAUGUGCUACCUGUAUAACAUCAACUUACCAUCACAGAGUUUGUGACCCACCCUUUCAGUGGAGCUGGUGAAGUGCCAACGGCCAACGAUAACUGAGCAUCAUCCCACUAGCAGUUCUCACGUCUAACAUUAUUCUGUUGUUCCUUCUACAUGCUCGGCUGUUGCUAAUCUCAUUUGUGGCCCUCAGCAUUGUAGCUUAUGCCUGAAUCUGACUGCAUUCAAGCUGCACUUGUUGUAAUCUAAUAAUACUCAGGCAGUUUCGUCCUUGCGGAACUAAGGCGUAGCACUGAAAAGAGAUCCAAGGCCUUAUUGUGACUGAUGUGUUCCAGUCAUUGCUGACUGAGAACCUUGUUUUUGUGAUUGAAAUGCAUUGGUUAG